GCGUCUCUUUUCCGGAGACCGGAGUCGUUCGCAAGUUCUCGCGAGAAGCAGGAAAGGGCGCAGGGUUUGAAAGAUGGCGGACGACGUGGACCAGCAACAAACCACCAACACCGUAGAGGAGCCACUGGAUCUCAUCAGACUCAGCCUGGAUGAGCGAAUCUACGUGAAAAUGAGGAAUGACCGAGAGCUUCGAGGCAGAUUACACGCUUAUGAUCAGCAUUUAAACAUGAUAUUGGGAGAUGUUGAAGAAACUGUGACCACUAUAGAAAUUGAUGAAGAGACAUAUGAAGAGAUAUACAAAAUGGUGUCUCUGAGAAGCUGUUUUCUCUGCCGCUUGCUACUACACCAUCAUCCCAGAAGUCUCUCAACAAAACGGAAUAUCCCGAUGCUCUUUGUCCGGGGAGACGGUGUUGUGCUAGUUGCUCCUCCACUAAGAGUUGGCUAAACGGAGAAUUUGACCUGUGUGGCAACAUUUGUCUGUUUAACUGCACCAGACAUUCAGAGGACAAGGCACACACAUUGAUACUGAAAAAUGGCCAGGGUGUUUAUUCACCCGUGAAAUGAGUUGAUUUGCGAAAACCUUACAACAUUUUAAGCUAAGUACCAUUUUUGUUUUUCUCUUAGCUUUCUACUAAACAUAUUCCCCAAGGUGCUAAACUGUUUUUCAGGAGUUAUUUUGCUCUAUCAUUCUUGCAGACAAUGUCUUUGUUUUUUUCUGUAAAUUAAACUUGAUGUUUCCUUUUUGAUUUAACACAA